GCAAGAUAGGCAAGAUGCUGUCUCGCAUAGCACUCACCAGCAUGUCCUGGAUGCUGCUCUCCUGCCUGAUGCUCUUUUCUCAGGUUCAAGGUGAAGAUUCCCCGAAGGAAGCGCCAUCACCACGCAUUAGUUGUCCGCAAGGCUCCAGGGCUUAUGGCUCCUACUGCUAUGCCUUGUUUCGGAUACCACAGACCUGGUUCGAUGCAGAACUGGCCUGCCAAAAGAGGCCCUCAGGGCACCUCGUGUCUGUUCUCACUGGAGCUGAGGCUUCGUUCCUGUCCUCUUUGGUGAAGAGCACAGGGAACAGCUACUCGUACGUCUGGAUUGGGCUCCAUGACCCCACCCUGGGUGAACAACCCAAUGGAGGUGGAUGGGAGUGGAGUAACAGUGAUGUGAUGAAUUACCUUAACUGGGAGAGGAAUCCAUCCACUGCCUUAGACCGUGGUUUUUGUGGCACUUUGUCAAGAGCUUCAGGAUUUCUGAAAUGGAGAGAUAAUACCUGUGAUGUGAAGCUACCCUAUGUCUGCAAAUUCAGUGGAUAAGCUUAUCCAAAAACAAACAGCUUGCAUUUGUCUUGAAGCUCAUCACAGACAAGAGUCCAAAUGUAAAGAGCAUCUCCUAACCACAGUUCAUAUCAAAUCCCACAUCUGCUCUUUUUAGAUGCUGUCAUAGUCAUGUCAUGUCUAUAUAGGCUGGGGUGGUCUCAA